GGAAUGUUCUCGGGCACGGCACGGGCCGGGCACUGCACGGAAUUUGUGCACGGAUUGGAGCACGGGCGCGCGCGUGGUGUCUGGCAAAAGUGUCUGAGCAUAAAGUCCAAUCAUCAAGCACAUUACCAUGGAUAAUGAAAAAUUUGAUGGAAUGCUCCUGGCAAUGGCUCAGCAGCAUGAGGGGGGCAUUCCUCAGCUGCUGGACACUGUGUUCAGUUUUCUGGCCAGGAAGACAGACUUCUACACAGGUGUAAGUGAAGAAACUGCCAAACAGCUGGUCCUGGACAAGUUCACCGAGCACGGGCGGCAGGCGAUGGACGCAGCGGCCGAGAAACGGAAACGGAACGAGGAGGCGGACCGGCGGCGGCGCGAGCGUCUGGAGCGCGAGCGGCAGCAGGAGCAGGCGCCGCCGCCGCCGCCGCCCCAGCAGGCGCAGAUCACAGAGGUCACUGACGAGGAGGCCGAGCGGAUCCAGAAGGAGAUCGAACAGAAGUCAAAGGCUACCGGUGACGCGCCUGCCAAAGAAGAAGAGGAGAAGAAGAAGGCCGAUGCUGACGACGAAGAGGAAGACGAGGACUCCAAGGGCAAGAUGAAGCCCAACGCUGGCAACGGCUGCGACCUGGAGAAGUACCAGUGGACUCAGACGCUACAGGAGGUCGAGCUGCGCGUGCCUCUGCCGAUCGUGUGCAAGUCGCGGGACCUGAUCGUGGACAUGCAGCGGCGGCACCUGAAGGUCUCUCUGAAGGGCCACCCGGCCAUCAUCGACGGCCGGCUCGACCACGAGAUCAAGGUGGAGGAGUCCACCUGGCUGCUCGAGGACAAGCGCUCCCUGCUCAUCCACAUGGAGAAGGUGAACCAGAUGGAGUGGUGGUCGCGGCUGGUGGAGACGGACCCCGAGAUCAACACGCGCAAGGUGCAGCCCGAGUCGUCCAAGCUGUCCGACCUGGACGGCGAGACGCGCGGCAUGGUCGAGAAGAUGAUGUACGACCAGCGGCAGAAGGAGAUGGGACUGCCCACCAGCGACGACCAAAAGAAACAGGAGGUCAUGAAAAAGUUCAUGGCCCAGCAUCCCGAGAUGGACUUCUCCAAAUGCAAGUUCAACUAGGGCGGGACGGAACCGUCGAGCUGCAGCUGCCUGAGCACGAGCGUGAAGACGCAGACACCUCGAACUGUGUGAUGACUCACGUGUUCAGUUUCCAGUUACGCGCACAUUGUGAUUUUAUAUUUUGUCAUUGCUCAUUGCAAUAUACGAUUCCACAUGUACCUAUUA